CGCCACCGUCCAGCUUUCAAGAGGGAAUAUGUACGUGCAUGCGCGACUGUGUUGUAAUGGAAUAGAAAGUAAGCGUCCUGAGGGCCCACGCGCAGCAGCUGCAUGCUCCGCAGGACUGCACACCCCGGCGCGGACCAUAACUCCCCAUCACAGCCACCAGCCGCCCAAACGCCGAGCCCAGCGCCCAAAUCAGGCUGAAACUGCAAACGCGAACGGAGGCGGGGCUUGAAGGAGACUGACACUGGGCUCGGCCUCUCAGCAUUACAGCUCCGCCUUUCUAGCCUACUUCCCUCUCUGAGUGGUUGAAGACUGCGGAGGUGAUUUCCCAUUGGCCACCAGCAGACACCAGCUUUGCGCGUCAGGACGCCGGAGCGGAAGUCGCCAUGGUGCGGUUCAAACACAGGUACCUGCUCUGCGAAGUGGUGUCUGACGACCCCCGCUGCCGCCUGAGCCUGGAUGACCGAGUGCUGGGCGGCCUUGUACGGGACACGGUCGCCCGCCUGCACGGGACUUUCGGCGCGGCCGCCUGCUCCAUCGGCUUCGCGGUGCGAUACCUCAAUGCCUAUACUGGAAUAGUGCUACUUCGAUGCCGAAAGGAAUUCUAUCAGCUUGUGUGGUCAGCUCUUCCCUUCAUCACACACUUGGAGAGCAAAGGACACCGCUACCCGUGUUUUCUCAACACCUUGCACGUGGGAGGUACAAUUAGAACAUGUCAGAAGUUCCUGAUUCAGUACAACAGGAGACAGCUGUUGAUCUUGUUGCAGAACUGCACUGAUGAAGGAGAGCGGGAAGCUAUCCAGAAGUCCGUCACAAGAAGCUGUUUGCUGGAGGAGGAACCGGGUGAGGAGGAGCUUUCAGAUGGUGAGGAGGCUGCUGAAGCAAUGGAAUGAACCUCUGCGGGCUGCACUGUGCCCAACCCUUGGGGCCCACUUAUUGGAACAGGGCAUUCUGGGAGGCAGCUGGAUCUACAUUUCUAGGAUCUGCUUUCUCCAUCCUAGAAUGGAUGUCACUCAGAGUCCCGGACACAUCUGGUAGAUUUGUGACUUCUGCCUCAACCUGCCCUUUCAUCUCAGGCUGGAACGCCCCCAUCCCCCCAGAGUUCCUGACCCUGGAUUUCUGAGCGGCUUUCGGUUAAGAAUGACAGGCUAAGCCCAGCUCACACUCAUAGUAGUUGAUACUUUUACCUAUUUAUAAUAAGUAUGUCCAGCUGACCUGACUUGAACUUUAAAAAAAAAAAAAAAGCUGCCCUGUCCAGGCAGCUCAGUUGGUUAGAGCAUCGUCCCGAUACGCCAAGGUGGCAGGCUCGAUCUCCAGUCAAGGAA